UUUGUACACAAUGUAAUUUAAUUCAAUUCAUUAUUUCGUCGACCUUUCGUGGAGUCGACAGUGCGCGUGGGAGUAUCUUUACUUAAAGAUGUUGCGAGAAGAUGUGGAAAUCGCACUCAUGCCAGCAGGCUGUGCAAUAGCUUUUCCUAAGCGGUAUGAAAGACACAACAAAGUUUUGGAGAAUGAAUACAACUCGGACAUUACCCUCGGUAUCGGUGCACUACAGGCCUGCUCUUCGGGUUGGGAUGUGGCCCUCAACGAACUGCCUAAGAGUAAGGUAAGCACUGAUCCUCGCCCUACGUCAAAAUGCAGAAAACGUAACAAAAGAUCUAGUUUAGUACUGGACAAUGGUCAGGAGGACCCGAAUAAUAAGAAGAAGAAGUAUGAUAAUUCUGUGGAAAAGACUCAGGAGUCCCGAGUAUUCAGAAACAGCCGAAUGAAAAAGUUUAAGAAAAAGAAACUGGCGAAGGACAAUGAUACAGGUGAGUCCAGUUCGAAUCCUGAUAGGGAAAAAAGAAAUUUGAAGCGAAAGGCAGAGAAAUGUAGCCCACAUGCAGCUGAAGAGCUCGUGAUCAUUUCUGAUGUUCAGAAUGAUGAUAACAAAGUCAAAAACGCACCUAAGAAGCGUCGCUCAAGGAAGACCAGAAGGAAUAAGAAAUCCCGUGAGGAAAGAUCUCUGGAAGAUGACUUGAUGUUUGGGUUAGAAAACAUUCACAUUGGAUCAAAUUCAAACAUUUCAACUGAGACAUUCUCGGCCCCUCCGAAAAAUCUAAAGCAACUAAACGCAACACCAACAACUGGUUCAGACGUCUUGGAAGUAAAUCAUAACACUCUGAACUUAAAAAAGCUGGUUAAGUGGACAAAGCGGCACUGGGACAAGGAUCAUAAGGGUGCAACACUGGUUAGCACCCUGAACUCCUCAGUUGAGGUCCACAACCUGCCGGCGGUGAUGAGUUUCGUGUUUCAGCAGCCGCUGCUCGAUGUAUUUGAGAAGUUUGGGCAGAUCACACGCAUUGGGCCUGCUGUAAUGCACCAGUCUGCAGAGGGCGAGUGUACCUUUAGCACCACCAUCUACUUCGAGACGGAGACUGCCGCUACUAAGGCUCUCGAAGAAGACCACACUCGCUUCGGCGGCUCCGAGAUCAGGGUGCUCCGCCCCCCCACUGCCGCCCGUCGCGUCAUGCCCGAGGAUUAUGGCGAGUUUGGUGGGCCCGGGCCCGAGUGCCGCGGCAGUACGGCCGUGACGAUUUUCGAGCAGGACGGGCCGACGGCCGCGCAGCGCGCUCUGGCCUUGUCCGGGAUCACCAAAACUAACUGCGAACCUUCUUUGGUUAGCCAGUUACGAUUAAGAAAAAGAAACAUAACAGCUGGAAAAACCUGA